CAUCAUGGCUGCAUCUGGUGUUUGCUGCCUGUCAGUUGCUACGUGGGACCCUUUCUGUGACCAUUUUAGAGUGCAUGUGGAUGAAUCCCAGAAUGCACUUGCUUCGCUGCUUUAGCGUCUACUCCCAAGCCAUGCCUACCCUUUACAGACGGACAGUGAGACCAUCAACUCAACAACUGAUACAUUAUCCAGACUUCUUUCAGCGGAUUGAUAGCUCCAGAGUGAACGGAACUGUGUCCAUGUCCUGCUAUACGACGGAUGCUUCUGAGAAAGCCAUCCGUCAGUCCCAGUCUCUGUGUGCUGGGGAACAGGAGUAUGUUCACCAGAGGAAGAGAGUUGUUCUGGAGUCCCUCAGCAGUCUGGGAAUAAACUGUACUACAGAUUCGGUUCCCCACAUCGCUCUGUUGGCAUCAGGUGGGGGUCAGAGAGCAGCUGUGGGGCUGCUCGGUUCCCUCUAUCAGAUGGAAGAGGAACAUCUGGUGGACACGCUGCUCUACCUGGGAUCAGUUUCUGGGUCAACAUGGUCCAUGUCCUCCAUCUACAGCAACCCACAGUGGAGUAAAAGCCCUGACAGCCUGAACACAGCGGUGUCCAGGCUGUCGGGCCCUGAGGUUCCGCUGGAGGAAGCUUUGGCCUGGUUGGAUGAGAGGGCAAAGGAGGGGUACUUCUCUCUCAGUGAUGUCUGGGGGGUUUUGACCUCUGCUGGGAUCAUGAAACAGAUGGACCUACGGCAUCUUUCAGACGAGGCCAGCAGAAAAGCUACCAACCCUUACCCAGUCUACACCGCCAUAGAGAAGUACUGCUACUCAAACGGGCCCAUACAAGGGAAAUGGUUCGAGGUGACCCCGCACGAGGCUGGUUUCACAGAGUUGGGUGUCUUUGUGGAAACUUCUCUCCUGGGGAGCAAAUUUCUGAACGGAAAGCUGCUGGUGAAGGAGCCAGAGAUGGACAUGGUCGAACUACAAGGUAUUUUAGGUUCUGCGUUGGCUCUAGACCAGACGAUCAAAGACCUCAUCCCUCCCUGGCUGAAUGUGUCUGGACAGAUAGACCGUGCUGCUGAAGACUACCUGCGUGUGUACAAUGCUCUUGAUAAACUUGUAGGCCUGACCAGAAGCACCACAAUGAAGGAUCCUACCGCUCUGUCUCACCUGGACAAGUUGCAGAAAAAACUAGAAGACAUGCUAAAUCAUGAUAAGUCAGUGUGGCUGGAGUCCAAGAGUUCGGGGGAAAGAAAAAGUAGUUUUGGCAAGUGGAGUCUGGAGCUGAUGGCGGCGGUACAGACCUGGAGCCAGAGUCUGGAGGACGGAGCUUUCAAAACAAAUGUCUCUCUGCUUAAUAAGCACGUACUACCCAUGAUUAGGAAAUGGGAGUGGGGAACUACCGGGAACUACCUCUACCAAUACCAAGAUUCCACAGUUCCACCUUACCUCCGCUCUACAGAGACAUUACACCUGAUAGACGCCGGGCUGCUGAUUAACGUACCCUACCCUUCAUUCCUGGGAGAAAAGAGAGAUAUCGACCUCCUCAUUGCACUGGAGUACAGCGCCGGAAACAUGUUUGAGACUCUGACUCUUGCCAGAGACUAUGCAGCAGAGGUGAAGAAGCCUUUCCCAGAGAUAGACGCCAAAAUCCUGAAGGAGAGAGACUGGCCAAAGGGCUGCUACGUGUUGGAGGGAAAAGGGAAGGAGCCCACCAUUGUUUACAUGCCGCUCUUCAACAGAGACAACUGCAAAGAUGCAGCGGCGUUCAAAGCAAAGAUGGAGGAGUUCUCCACCUUCCAGCGUCCCUACAGCCAGAAGAAGAUUAAGUUUGAGUUGGAGACGGCGAAAGCCAACAUAAAGACCAACAAGGAAACUCUGCUGCGGGAGAUCAAGAAGGCUGUUCUCCGCCGACACAACAAGAUAUAGGGUGGGGGCACCAUCAGGGUAGGACCAAGGGUAUAAUCAUGAACGAAAUAACGAAACUUAGGUGGGAAAAACAUUGUCGUUAACUGAAAUAAAAAUAAAAACGAGGCAUUACAAAAAAGAUUACGAAUGUAGAAUAAUGUUACUAGUUGCACUUAAAUAUAAUAAGAAUGUAAAAAGUUUCCAUAAGAGACAAAGUGUGUUUUGGUGUAUGCUUAUUGCACGGAGUUGUGUGCUGUUAGAGACGGUGGUUCCCUGAAUAUAGGAAACUCAAAACAUAAUACAGUGGCCCCCACCCUGGCGGGUGUUGUGUUAAGAUGGCAGUCCCAGUGAGGAAGAAGAGGGGGCCCAAGAAGGAAAGGAUAAGAAAUGAGGGAAAGGUUAGAUCGGGGCUGACAUGGUCUGACAGUCUAGAGAUACGUGGACCGGCUCUGGCUUUUUGUCUGUUGCUAGGGAAACUUAGUCUCUGCAUGCUUUGUGAUCCCACUGAUCUGUGUAUUGUAACUCUGAUGCUUGACUGAUUAAACAAAUGUAUUUGCCUUUA